UGGCUGUCAAGGGGCAAGUGCGCACCGAGGCGGGGGAGGGGGCAGGACGCCACAUCCGAAGGGGGUGCAGGAGCCAGGAGGCAAAGACGCUCGUCCCAGGCCCUCUCCGCGUGUUCUCACCCUCAGGAGGCCCAACAAGCGCAAACUCAGUGCCCAGCGGGCCCACGCCAGACUCUUGCCAAGAGGCGCUGGGCCCAAACCCGGAGGCCCAGUAGGUGCCUCCGGAGGAGCCCUGCGGACGCCAUGCUAAAAGCCAAAAUGGCUGCCCCAAGGAUGCCCGCAGCGCGCCGCCUGUGAGGAGGGAGCCGGCCGCUGCGGGAGCGGGGGAGGGGGCGCCCGGAGCACCGUCACCGCUCACCGGCCGGAGCCGCUCAGGGUUUAGAUUCCAGCACCAACGAUGAGUGGCUCACAACACCCUGUAACUCCAUCUUCAAGGAACCUGAUGCCUACAGCUGGACAAGGAGGCAUAGGUUCUAGCUACAGUCAUCUGUUGCCAUAACUUUUAAAUGAUAUUUGGAAAGAAACUGUCAAAAGACGAAAAAAUGAUAAAAUUUUUCCUUAUGGUGAAUAAACAAGGGCAGACCCGACUGUCUAAGUACUAUGAGCACGUAGACAUGAGUAAGCGGGCGCUCCUGGAGACUGAGGUCAGCAAGAGCUGCCUGUCUCGAUCCAGCGAACAAUGCUCUUUCAUUGAAUACAAAGAUUUUAAGCUGAUCUACCGGCAAUAUGCAGCUCUCUUUGUUGUGGUUGGAGUUAAUGACACUGAGAAUGAGAUGGCUAUCUAUGAAUUCAUACACAAUUUUGUGGAAGUUUUAGAUGAGUACUUCAGCAGAGUGAGUGAAUUAGAUAUAAUGUUUAAUUUGGAUAAAGUCCACAUCAUUUUGGAUGAGAUGGUGUUAAAUGGCUGCAUUGUGGAAACUAACAGAGCAAGAAUUCUUGCCCCUCUACUGAUUCUUGACAAGAUGUCGGAAAGCUGAUGAAGGCUGACGGGGGCUUGAGUGAUGUGGAGGCCAAGACAGACAUCGAAAGCAGCAGCAGCCUUCUGACACCUGCCACUGCUACCUCCCAUAGUUCCUAAAGACAAAACAGUUCUUGUGUACAAACAACAUUUUUCUCUUAACAGAGAUCCCCAAUUUUACUUGGUAACUGUAAGCUUGCCUCCCCUUCUGCAGAAACAGCAGGGGUGCAGUGUGAAGACUGCUCGGCAGUUGUCCAUCAGCCAAUAAACUUCAAAUUGACCUGA